AGAAAUGUUCGGCAUAUAUCCACAAUUGCACUUCAUGGAUCUUAGUAACAACAGUUUCUAUGGUGAACUUGCUAGCAGCUGGGGAAGGUGUACAAACCUGACUACUCUAUUGAUUGCCAAGAACAAAAUUACAGGUUCCAUACCACCAGAAUUUGGAAAUUUGACUCUGCUGCAUGUACUUGAUCUUUCAUCAAAUAACUUAUCUGGUGAGAUUCCAAUCGAGUUGGGAAAUUUAAUUUUUAUGCUAAAGCUCGAUUUACAUGAAAACCUGUUUCAUGGUGGUGUGCCCCAAGUAUUAGGAUUGCUGACAAAACUGCUUUACCUUGACCUGUCUAUUAACUCCUUGAAUGGUCCCUUACCAGGAAAUUUGGGAUAUUUUCAGGAAUUGUAUCUAUUGAAUUUCAGUUACAACAAUUUAAGCCAAAAGAUUCCUAUCCAGAUAGGCAGGUUAACUCAGGUUUGUUUGUUGGAUCUGAGUCAUAAUUCCUUCAGAGGAGAAAUACCAUCUGAAUUUGGAAAUUUGCAGAAUCUAGAAGCUUUGAAUCUCUCCCAUAAUAGCCUCUCAGGUUUGAUUCCCAAGAACAUUGCCCAACUGCCUGGCCUAUUGAAAAUUGAUGUAUCUUUCAACAACCUCGAGGGGCCUGUUCCAUAUGGGAAAGCUUUUCAAAAUGUCACCAUACAACAGUUGCAGGGGAACAGAGAUUUGUGUGGCAAUAUUACAGGGUUGCAACCUUGUGGAAGCUUGUCUGAAAAACCUGUCAGGAAAAAAGGCCAUAAACUAAUUCUCCUAAUUGUGCUUCCUGUUUUGGGAGCAGUGCUGCUUAGUUAUGUAGUCGCAGGAGUUAUCAUUUCAUCUGCACGUAGAAAAAGAUGCAGAAGAGCUAAAGAUGGAAAUGUGAAAGAUGAUGAUCUGUUUUCCAGAUGCAUUUUUGAUGGCAAGGCAAUGUACAGAGAAAUCUUAGAAGCCACGGAAGCCUUCAAUUCAUUUUUUUGCAUUGGGGAAGGAGGUUAUGGACGUGUAUACAGGGCAGAACUUGAGUCCAAAAAGAUAGUAGCUGUAAAGAGACUUCAUCACUUGUCUGAGACAGCAGACCGUAAAGCUUUCUUGAAUGAAGUAAAUGCUUUGACAGAAAUCAAGCAUCGAAAUAUUGUGAAACUUUAUGGUUUCUGCUCAACUGCUCAACACUCCAUUUUGGUUUAUGAGUACCUUGAAAGAGGAAGCUUGGCCAAAAUAUUUCACAUGGAUGAAGAAGCUAAGAAACUGGAUUGGAAAAAGAGGGUGAAUAUCAUCAAAGGCGUAGCUCAUGCGCUGUCUUACAUGCAUCAUGAUUGUUCACCACCAGUAGUUCAUCGCGACAUCACAAGCAACAAUAUUUUGCUUGAUUGUGACUAUGAGGCUCAUGUUUCAGAUUUUGGCACUGCUAAGCUUCUCAAAAAAGACUCAGCGAAUUGGAGUGCUCUUGCAGGCACAUAUGGAUAUGUUGCACCAGAGUUUGCCUACACAAUGAAAGUAACUGAAAAGUGUGAUGUAUAUAGCUUCGGAGUCCUGAUCAUGGAAGUGUUUAAAGGGAAACACCCUCGUGAUUUAAUCCCUUGUCUACAGUCUUCAGCACCUGGAGAUAUAGAGCUGGAAGACUUGUUGGACCAAAGACUUCAGUAUCCUGCUCAAAAGAUUCUAGAGAUUCUGACGUCCAUCAUCAGAAUUGCUAGGUCAUGUUUACAUGUUGAUCCACAAUCCAGACCAACUAUGCACUUCAUUUCCAGGUCGUUAUCAGUUGCUACACCAUUUCCAGGUGAUCUUGACAAGUAAGCAAUACCUGCAAGAGAUUGAGAUGAUGAACAAUGCAGAAGAUUUGUAAGGCCUGGUAACAUAUGAUCACAUGCAUUUCCCAUGAAAUUCAGCUUACGUUUUUCAGUCAAUUUGGAGACUAUUGUGUUUUAUCCCCCCUCCAUGAUCAGUACUUUACAAUUGUAAGACAGGAAUUGAGAAUGUUUUGAGCCAUUAUGGGGAGGAAUUAAGCAGUUUGCUACAGUGAUGCACGUGUACGAGUAUCAAUCAAAGGUGUAGUCCGCUAAAGAUUUUCUCCAAGUUCAAAGGUCACAUAAUUUGUAUAUUAUGUUUUAGAAAAGAUUC